GUCCUUGGCAACCUCCCUCAACAAGUCCCUCAACAUAUCAUACGCUAGUCCUUUGCUGGUAGCCAACGCAAAGCCAACGCCAUGUAAAUUCGGUGUCUCACUCGCUGGUUUGUUUGCUGAGAGCGCGGGUUCUGAAGCUCUCCUGAGGAGCGAGUCCCGGCGGCCACGGCACGUGAAGAUGUCGGGACUGCCGAGGCACUUCAUCACUCAGAUUGAGUGGGUGCUAUUUCCGGCACACUGAAUAAAGGACCCCAGCAGGCCCACAGACGAAAGCAGUCCGCCCCCUACAGACGCGACUCGAUCCCUGCACUCGAUCCCGAGUUGACUGUAGUCGUCCUGCGUGACAACUAAUGUCUGAACCAGUGUGCAAAGACUGCAUCAGCGGUGUCCACCACGAGGGUGUCCCAGAAGGGAAAACUGAGCAGAUCGGUGGAGUCGAGUGUUAUGUUGCUACGCCCACUAGCGAGUAUGCGAAAGAGAAGGUCGUCCUCUUCCUCCCGGACGUGUUCGGCGUCGCGCUCGUCAACAACAGACUCCUCGUUGAUGACAUUGCGCGAAAUGGCUUUUGGUGCGUCAUGCCGGAUUACUUCGAAGGAGAUUCGAUUCCGGAGGACGCUAUGAACCCCGAAAACCGCGACAAGUUCGACCGCGUCGGCUGGUUCUCGCGCCACGGCGACAAUGUCUGGAAGCCAAUCGUCGACAAGGUCGUCGCUGCUCUGAAGGAACAGGGCGUUACGCGCUUCGGGACGACUGGCUACUGCUACGGUGCUCCCUCUGCGUUCUACCUCGCAUACAGCAACACGAGCCAAGUCACAGUCGUGUCGCACCCUGGCCGGCUUCAGGUACCUGGUGAUCUCGAGAAAUACCGUGCGGAGUCGAAGGCCCCUCUCCUAAUCAACAGUUGCGAAGUAGACAGCUGGUUCCCGCCCGAGUCUCAGAAGAUCGCAGAUGAGGUCUUCGGCGAUGGAAAAUUCGCGCCUGGCUAUGAAAGGACAUACUGGGAUGGAUGUACCCAUGGCUUCGCUGUUCGCGGUGACAUGAGCAACCCGAAGGUGAAGGCGGGAAAAGAAGGAGCCUUUGAGGCGAUGAUCAAGUUGUACAAGAAGCAUCUCUGAGUCUCAUGUGCUGAAAGAACGGUCUCGG